AUGAAGUACUCCGCUGUCGCUCUCCUCGCCGCCCUCACUGCCUACGCUCAGGCCCAGUCCAUCGAUAUUCCUGGCGUUGACGAGGCCUCUUCCAUCAUUGGCGACAUCUCUUCCCGAGUUGAGGGUGCUUCCUCCAUCAUCGGUGAUGCCUCGUCUAUCAUUGAGGAUGUCUCCACCCGAGUUGAAGACGAGGUCUCUUCUCGCCUCAGCGAUGCCUCCACUGCUGUCGCCGGUGCUACCACUACUCUGACCGACGCCUCUACCGUCACCGAGUCUGCUGAGACCGAGAGCGAGACUGGAUCUGACACCGAGACUGGAUCCCAGACCGUCGACACCAGCGCUCUUGCCAGCGUUACCUCAGCCCUUGCCGAGGCCUCCGAGUCUGUUCAGGACAAGCUCGACUCUCUCAGCUCUGCUGCCGAGACUGCCACCGGCGCUGCUAGCUCCUCUAUCGCCGAUGAGAUCGCUGGCCUUACCUCCCAGGCUGGUGCCAUCGCCAGCAGCGCUGCCGGUGCUGCUAGCAGUGCUACUGAUGACAACGCUGGUGCCAUGCCUACCGCUGCUGUCGCUAUGGGGGCACUCAUGGGUGGUGCCGCUCUCUUUGUCAACAUGUAA